AUGAGCCCUAAGGUAAACUGCAUCAAGACAAAUUUUGAUGUUGCUAUAGAACCAAAGAACAAAAUCAUGGGUAUUGGGAUUAUAGUUAGAGGUUGGCAAGGAGAAAUACUAGUUGCUCUGCAAGAACAGAGGAAAGGAAACUAUGGUCUAAAUCUGGCAGAGAGUUUAGCAUUAAGGAGGGCUAUGGUGUUGUGUCAAGAAUUGGGAUUCAAAAGAGCUACUCUAGAAGGUGAUGCUGGAGUGAUCAUCAAAGCAGUACAAACACCUAAAGACAUUUGGAAAUGGAAUGGACAAGUUAUUGAGGAUAUCAAGCAAAUGUUAAAGCAUGCAAAGAAUUGA